AUGGCAUUAAAACGAAUUUAUAAGGAGCUUUUAGACUUUGGAAAAGAACCUCCAGCUUUGUGUAAUGCAGGCCCAAUCGGAGAGGACCUCUGGAAUUGGCAAGCAACCAUUACUGGGCCUCCAAAUUCGCCUUAUCAAGGAGGAGUGUUUUACUUAAAAAUUAACUUUCCACACGAAUAUCCGUUUAAACCGCCAAAGAUUAGUUUUAAAACACAGAUUUACCAUCCAAAUAUUAAUAAUGAGGGAUGCAUUUGUUUGGACAUUCUUCAAAAUAAAUGGUCGCCGGCUUUGACUAUUUCUAAAGGUAUCGAAAAAAAAUAUCGAAAAAUAUCGAUAAUUAUCGAUGAAAAAUCGUAUCGAGCCGAUCUCUAA